AUGUCGCCGCCAAAGGGUGCUUUCACCCCGCUCUAUGUGCCAGUCACAAACAUCCCUGCAUCAGACAUCCCACUGCGUCCGGAAUACCUGGCUGUCUUCAAGCAUGCGAAUAUUGAGCCUUCGCACCUGAUCACACUGGAUGACUUGCCGCCGCUAUCCGACAUUCAGACUAGACUUGCUCCAGAAAAUACGAGGUGGAUUCUCGUGGACCACAAUGCUCUCCAGGGUCAAUUGGGCAAGAUCUACUCGCAAAGAGUCGCAGGUACUAUUGACCAUCACGACGACGAAGGCAAGGUACCCAAGGACACUGGUGAAGAGCCUCGCAUUAUCGAGAAAAGUGGUAGCUGCACUAGUCUCAUCACAAACUACUGUCGACCUACUUGGGAUAUGCUCUCUGCUUCAGCCCUAUCUUCAGGAGCCGCACAUGCACAAGGUGACAGUGCGUCUGACGAUGCUGCCGUCGUGAAGCGUUGGGACGCCUCAGUCGCUCAGUUGGGACUGGCCAGCAUCUUGAUCGAUACAGCCAAUCUUGGAGACGAGAACAAGACCACCGAACAUGACCGGAAAGCUGUGGAGUAUCUGGAAGCCAAGAUCGCGCUUUGUCCACAGCUGUCUGCAAGCUUCGAUCGCACAGAAUUCUACGAGGAAACCGAUGCAGCGAAAAAGGAUAUCGGCGCGCUAAAGCUGCAAGACAUCCUUCGGAAAGAUUAUAAGCAGUGGGACCAAAAUGGCUUGAAACUCGGCAUCAGCUCAGUGGUCAAGCACAUUGAGUUUCUGCUGCAUAAGGCUGGUGACGAGGCAAGCGCCGAGUCAGCCAGCGAUGCUUUUCUGGGCACUCUGGAACAGUUUUCGAAAGACCGCGAGCUGGAUCUGUACACGCUGAUGACCACGUCCACGUCAGCAGAAGGGCAAUUCCAGCGAGAGAUACUACUUUGGGCCUUCACCGACCGCGGAGUAUCAGCUGCGAAGAAGUUCGCUACAAAUGCCGCUGAAGAGCUUGGGCUCGAAGCUUGGCACGGUUCUGGCAGUGUGGCCGACACAACCCGUGACAACAAACAGUGGAGGAAGGUUUGGUGGCAACGUCGAGUACAGCACAGCCGGAAACGUGUCGCCCCUUUAAUCCGAGAGGCCAUGACCUGA